AUUAAUAUGUUGGAUCUUAUCAAAGCUUGUGAAGCUGAAAGUGAACUCGACUUUCUCCAAGAGUCGUUUGUGCUUACUGAUGAGCAGAAGGAAGCUGUUCUUCAACAGCGCAUUAUAUUUUGGACGAACGCGAUGGCCGAAGAUAUUGAACGGGAGAAUCCGGUUGGAGUUGACCCUGAUAUGAUGGCAAACUGGACCGAGGAUCAACGUCGCCUGUUCAACGAAGACUGGGCCAAUGAUGAUGGUUUGUGCGAACUUGAACAGAUGCCAGAAAACCAAAUAGGUGAAGGGAGCAAGCGAGGGCACGCCAGUGAUGACGCCCCCUCAAAGCGCCAAAGACCUGAGGAGUAUUUCACUAUUAAAUCAGCCAAGCAAGUCAACGUGAGGAAAUUCAGGACGACAG